UAAAUGCUGCUCCAUUUUAUAGCCAGACUGCCAAGGAAGGCGAGAUAGUAGUCUGGACCUCCAACCAUGGCGCCGGCGUCGAAGAGCAGAGGCAAGAAGACGAAAAGAAAAACCAAAACCCCGCCUUCCUCCACCUUGGUUCCUUCCCCAUCGACGGUGGAGCCACAGGCUGCGGUGGCGGAAACGCCGUCGAUCGAUGUCCUCACCGAGUUCGUCCUUCAGGACAUUCUCCGCCGCCUCUCCCUCGCCGACCUCCUCCGUGCUGCCCUCGCCUCCCACCGCUGGCGCCGCCUGGCCUCCCGCUGCCUCCCUCGCGAUCCUCCUCUCCUCGGCUACUUCUUCCACCCAGCCGAAGUCCACGUUCCGUUCCCUGAGCGGGAUCCAAAGAUCGUCGAAACCCCCGCCGUGUUCGCUCCCCUCGACGCCUCCUCCCCGCGCCUUUCCCUCGAUUUCGCCCCGGACGCCUCCCGUUUCUUUGUCUACGAUGCGCAUCAAGGUCUCCUCCUUCUCGAGCCGAGCGAGAGCGUCCCCAAGGUGGUCCUCCCCCGCUUCCUCGUCCUCGACCCGGCCACCCGCCGCCGCACGGUCCUCUCGCCGCCGCCGCGCGACACGGUGCCCGAUGACCGCCGCUGGCGCAGCUCAAGGUACUACGUCGGCUCCGCGCUUCUCUCCCGCACGCACCCGAGCAAGCUCUGCUUCGAGGCCGUCUGCUUCGCCAUCGACGGAGGGCACCCUCGCGCCUGGGUCGCGUCCGUCGACGACGGCAAGUGCAGCUGGCGCGCGCUCCCGCGGGACGAGCAGGUGCUGGUCGAUUUCGAUCCCUAUUGGUUCGAGGGACGCGCCGUGCGCGCCGCCGGGAAGAUCUACUGGCACAUCUGCCAGUCCUCGCGUCUGCUCGUGCUGGACCCUUCCACGCUCAGGUUCUCCUACUUGGCGGCGCCGGGCGAGCUGUUUGCGCACAACCGCAACCCCAAGUACCGCAUCGGGGAGACGCCGGAUGGGCGCCUUUGCCUGGUCACCGACGCCGAGCAGCAGCUGCAGCUCUGGGUACGCGGGAAGGGCGACAAGGGCUGGAUUCUGGAGAGGAAAAUCGUCGACUUGCUCGUGCUCUGCGACAAGCUGCGUGGCCUGCCCGUCGACCCCAUGUUCAGGACCCUCUGCGUCUGGCCCAGCGACAUGGACGCCGGCCGCACAGGGAAGGUGUUCAUCAAGACGUGGGGAUUCGGCCGCUUCUCCUUCCAUAUGGACACCGGCAAGAUGGAGCUCCUGGCGACCAAACGUGGCAAGGAAUAUGGCCACCCCAUGUUCGCCUACUUCCUCGCAUGGCCGCCCGCGUUCCUCGCACCAGACAACUGAAGAAUUUCAGGCCGUGUGGUGUGGGUUUCUUUGCUUGAAGUCAGCUCGCAUGCUUUCAUUUCAGGGCCAGUGCUUCCGUAGUGCUAUCUCCCCUUCCAUGCGCUCUUGGGGAAGCUCCGAUUCUGGGUACCUUGGCAUGUAUGAGACUAUUUCAGCAGUCUGUUGAUGCUAUGUUAUCCGAGCAUCACCUGAACUUGAUAAUAUUAAGCUAGGCCGUAUUAUUACUUAUUUUGGACGAUACAUGGUUUGGGUUGUAUUCAGCAAUGUUUAUCGCAUUUCAGCUGUCCUAUUGUUCUUUUCUGACUUUGUACUUUGAGGGGUUGGCCACUGUGAUGAUCAAAUUAAUAGCUUGAACUUGUAUCAUACUAUGUACUAUCUAGCGGGCUGUUGAGCAUCUUGAUGUCGGACAGUACGAGUAGUGUACAACUGUGUUGCUUGGUUUGAUUGAUACUCUAUCGCAUCUACUGUAUCUUCUGCAGACAAUUAGAUGCACACAAUAUGCAAAUUGCUUGUUGUCCUGGAAGAGGCUAGCGAUGGCGUCCCUGAUCUGCUGUGCCGUAGAGCCCGGGGCCAUGAUGGUGCCGAGGAGCUCGGAGGAGAUCAUCCAGGAGAGAACGGUGUAGUCAUCCCGCACCCAGUUGGAGGUGGGCGACGUGUUCGACGGCGUGGCAAAAACGGUGCCGGGGCCAUGAUGGUGCCGAGGAGCUCGGAGGAGAUCAUCCAGGAGAGAACGGUGUAGUCAUCCCGCACCCAGUUGGAGGUGGGCGACGUGUUCGACGGCGUGGCAAAAACGGUGCCAAGGACAUGGCGGGUGAGUCCUGUUAGAAAUAGGAUAGCUUUGAUACUAAGCUAACUAGGAAGUUAUUAAGAUUUGCUUAGAUCAUAAGCUAAGUAGGUAGUUACUUUUGUCCAAACGCUGUAAUCCCGAAGGGAUGUCUUUGUAACCGCCUUAUAGGCGUCUGUUCGGUGGGUAUAUAUACCCCCAACAAUCAUCAAUGAAAGAUCACUUGAUUCUCUCA